AUGACCGUACUCUCUGCUUCUGCUUCCCUCGCGCGCUGGCGCUUCGCGGACGCUUCCGCCUCCUGCCUGUGCCAUUUCCUCAUGAACCAUGCCGCCCCGUCCUCGACCUUGUUGUACUACAUCUCCGGGUCCUUGGCGCUCUCUUUCCAUUUCCCGUCUUCCUUUUCGUCUCCUAUGUUGAAGGCCACGAGGUCCUCUCCUAGACGAGACACCCAGUCGCUCUCCUGCCCG